AGUCGGACGAGAUUGCUGCAAAAUUAAAAACAUCUUCGGUCACACGCGCGCAUAUAGAAAAAAAAAAGAAGAAAGAAUAAUAACAAAAAUAAUUCCGACUUUAUAGACUUUUACACAGAUGUGUAUAUAUUUUAGUGUGUAUAGCUAUAGUUAGAUACAAAGUGACCGAAAGGCAAGAGCAAGGAGCAGAAGCGCAGAGAAGCACAAGAGAAAAUCGGACUAUCGUCUCAAGUUACCCCUCUUAUAUAUUAUUAUAUAUUCUUUAACUUGGAAAAUCGGCAACGGAAAAACCACCCCUUCGAGAAAUUUUCUCUAUAUAAAAUUUAGUGUAAUUUUCUUCUCUUAAUAAAUAUUUACCCACACACCCGGCGUGAUAUCCAGCAAAGCAGCAGUAAAGGCCGAGAGUACUCCUGCCCUCUCCAAUCCCACCCCGGUUCGGACCGAGUUCCUGGGGCCGUUUUAGUUUCCUACAAUCGUUUCCCUCGUGUUGUUUGGUCGGUUAGAUACCAAGGAGUUAUCCUUACGUAUUAUCAUAGCUUCAGAGAAAGUCGGGCAGCACAUCUAACUCGACUCUCUUACGGUUCGGACCUAAAAAGCGUAUAUUUCUUAGAUCCUUGAACAAGAACGUCAAAAUCUAUCGAAAAUUUUAAGGAGAAAAAAAUAAUGAAAAACCGGAUUCGAGUAUCGUGAUUAAUUCGAAUAAUAUCGAACAGCACAGUUUCGUGAAAAUAAAAUCGUGUUGAUUCCAGAAGCUCAGAAAAAAAUUUAAGAUCAACAGCUCAAUCUGCACUCAGCCUCACAUCAGUAAAUGCGAGAGAUGGAUCAAAACCGUGUUUGAGAAAAAAAAAAAAAAGAAAAUGAAAUGAUCGCUGAACAACAGAAAAAAAAUCUAAAGCCGAGGAUUAAGUGGUGAAAAAAUAAAAUAAAGUGUUGCGCGCAAAAACAAAAACGUCAUCAAUCCAAGAUCAUGGCCAUCAACCAACAACGAUCGGUGGCCGCCAGUCUGCUGAAUCCAAUGGAUAUAACCACGAACGGCCUGCGACAGUCCAACUACGCGGUCGAACCUCGCGAAUCAGUGUUCCCACCAAGCGAAAUGGUGUUCUUGCUUUGAACAAGUUUUUUAGUUGACUUUUAGUUCCACAAACAAACUGAUCAUACGAACCAAAUAAUAAACGACUAUAUCUAGUGUGUGUGAAAUGUUCUCCAGGAAAACCGAUCAAUAUAUCAUAGAACAUCUUGUUUCAUUAACCGUAGACGAACAGAAGCAAAUAGUUUGACUCUGAAGAAGAUGCUGACACAAGAAUCCCGAACCAGGCGUCAACAUGAAAAAAAUACGCAAGCUGGUCAAUUUGUUGCAAAAUGUCAUCCGAAAGAAAUGAGUGAAAAAUUAUGUGAAACCUUAAAAUGGUCAGACAACUACAAUGACGAUUGAUGGCCUGCGGAGCCACGAUCGUACAUUGAACUAUAGAAGCUAAAUAGUUAAAACAAUAACAAAAAAAAAUGAUAAUACAAAUAUCUUAAAGAAGAGAGAAAAAACAAUAAUAAAAUUAUUCCCCCCGAAAGAAGUAAAUGCAAAAUGCACCCAAGUGCAGUAGCAGUGUCACGCCCCGAAGUUUAGUUUGUUACAUUUUUUACUACUGCAAAAAAAACCACGACCAAGACCACAGAAGACCAGUGAGAGUGAAAAUUUUCGAAAACGUCACAAACGCGUAAAAAAAUUGACGAAAAGUCUGAGUGAAGUAUUUUAAGUUUGAGCUAACCGAACAACUACUGAGGAAGACAAACGACAGCUAUAAAAAAAAACAACAAAAACAACAGUUCAGAAUAAACCGACAAAGAAAAACGUUCAUAGUUUAAGUGUGUGAAAAAAGGUGAGAAAAACACUAAAUAGUGAAAUUAAGCGACGCGAAGGACGCUGCUAACCAAUAAUAAUUGAAAUGUGCGGCAGCAAACCGUAUGUAGACUAAGUCCCUGACGAACGCUAAAACUAAGGGAACUACCCGCGUGGAAACGAGGAACUUCGCCAUCGCACCCGGAUGACGAAUUCAUUCCAAGUUCCCCCCGAGAUCGACUUACCCGAUUCAGACAACAACCUACCAAAAAAGAAAAUAGACUACGUUCAAGUGAAAACAAGUGAAAGUGUGUGUGUGUGAAUCCCCGAAAAAAAAGAACGAACAUUGGAAUACUCGCUCCCCGCCAGAAUAGCAAAACAUAAACUACUAGAAAUAUUUGACCGUAAAGAGUGCAAAACAAAACUUGAAAAAUCACAAACUGAAAGUGAAACUGCUCUGCCAUGAAGUGAAAGUGUGUAAAAAAGGCUGAAGAGGACAGCGAGCAAAAAACAGUCGCACAAACGGUGCAUAUCAAACCAAAUAAAAAAUCCUCUAAACCACCCCCGGUACGUGUGUCACAUGUGUGCAAAAUAACAAAAAAAAAUACCAACCAACCAACUAGCUCAGCACAGAUUUUUCCCACCAAUCCAACCCAAACCCCUUCAACUCGCGUAUCUCACGCGGGAAGUCCUCUUCCAAUCCUUGAUAGUACGAAAAAAGGCACAAAGCAUAACCGACCACUAUUCCCGGGGUAAAACGAGCAAGAUUCUGGUUGCAACCGCGUGUGAGUGCCAAAUCCCUCGCCUCUUUUACCUAAUCUGACCGACUUUUCGCAAAAGACAUCCUUUCAAACUUUAUAAAAAAUAAAUUCCAAAUCGACCCGCUCCCGAAACUGACAAAUAAAUGUCUACCAUUUGCGCCAAUCAACUGGUAGCCAUUUCUUUUUAAUUUCUAUCUCUCUCUAAUCACUAUCAAUUAGAGGCCUCAAUGUUUUAAUCCUCAUCCCCAAAAGACCCCUCACAAUCCCGUUCACGAGACAGGAGAGAUACUAAAGCAAAAAUAGCGACAGCGACAGCAACAACAAAAAAAAGCAAAGCCCACUACAACACGUGGCAUUUGUUCCCAUCCUCGGUCGGUCGGUAACUUCCGUAACGUAACGGCUAGUAGCGGCUACCGUAGAACCCCGCGUAAACGUCGUCGUCGCCGUUAUCGUCGUCGUCGUCGUCAUCCGCGUCUUCGUUCCCAUCGUAAGCGGGGGGAGGAGGGGUGGCUGCCGGCAGUGUUCGCACCGUUUCGCCUCGAAUGAGGCGAAUUGCCGCCACAGAGCAGAGGAAAAGCGGAAGAAGAAAAGGAAGAUCGGCACGUAUUAGGAAGCUGGUACUGCUACUGCUACUACUCCGGUGUGUGGCAUUGCAGCGGAAGCGGAGGAGAAAAAAAGAAAAAAAAACGAAACGGGCCGCAUGUGUGUGAGGGGUGUGCUUCAAGAGCAGCAGUCAGUCAGCAUGCGAAAUAAGCGGAAAAACUGAAUGUGUGAACUGUUGCAUAGUAUCCCGUCCCGUAGUAACAAAGCAAGAGAAUCGAGAGAAGAAAAAAACCAAACAAAGUCAAACAAACAAGAACAGACUCUGUGUGUGUGGACGGUUUCGCAUAUGAUACACCCACAAAACACACCGAUUCGACUUUUACCCGAAGAUUAACACAAAAGCCAGGUCCCAUGCGAUGGAAGGGGAAACAUAAGGCCGGGUUAAGAGAGGGGUAUUGUUCGGAAUUGUUGGAAGGGGCGCUUGCCAGUCGUCAUCGUAGCCGUCGUCGUUGCAGUCGUAGUCAGUGUUCAAGUCGUCGCAUGUACUGCCAGCGUUGUUCUUGGUAUAGUAGUAAGGAGAUUAGUGGCAAAUACGACCGGGUGCAACACAAGCAACGACAGUGGAGAGGGGAGAGUUUCUCCCACCGCGCGCUGGUCCGUGGGCCAAUAAAGCUGUUUGCCACUUAUGAUGUCAUCAGAGGAGGACAGUGAUUCUUUCGGUUUGUACGUCGAUAAGUUGCUAAAGAAACACAAACGAGCCAGACAGCGCGUAGACGCGGGAGAGCCAAGAAAUAGUUAUUCUUCGAUCCCGAACUUUAGUUCAAGACCGUCCUUCAUGAGCGGUGGUCUAUACGGGGCUAUUUUUAGCCAAAGCCAGCAGCAUUUCGGUGGACUGUUUGGUCCCGGUGGUUACGGACCGGCCAACAAAAUGCUCAACGAGUUGUUGGGUAGACAAGUGAAGCAAGCACAGGACGCCACUGAUCCGGACAGUAUUAUGCUAUCGUCGAUCGAAGCAGCCAAUGCAGCGGACAGCAAUACCCCAAUCAGCAAACACGGAUUCGAAAGUUCAACGAAUCUGAACAACAAUAACAACAACAGCAGUACGAACAACAAUAAUAACAGCGCUAAUAACAAUUCGCCCACGUCUGAUGGAUCUGUGACCAUGAUGGGCCGAAGGAGAAGCAACAGUCAGAACAACACUGCCAACAGUGGCAAUAACAAUAGUAACAGUAACAGCAGUGGUGUUAUAGACCUUGACGGUGGUUCUAGAACACCACAGCCGAACGAUCUGGCGCAUCAUAUGUUGCGCAACAUUCUCCAGGGCAAGAAGGAGUUGAUGGCCCUCGAUCACGAGCUGCGAACGGUGAGCAAUCAAAGCAGUGCGCUCGGUGACCGGAUAUCACCCGAUAAUAACAACGUGAUUAGUAAAAAUAAUAACAUUUACGACAUUACUAAGUGUGAAUCAGUGAACGGUGGUAGUGGUGAUGUUAGUGACUCUAGUGACCUAGGUGCUCAUAAUAAUAGUGCUUCAACCAAAGUGAACCACAAAAAUAGUGCGACCAAUAAUCAAACCAAUAACAGUGAUAACAGUCAGUCUAAUAGGCCAAUUUCUCUCAAUUCUAACGCCAACAAUUGUGAUGAUCUGCUAGCCUCAGAGCUGGCACAUACCGAGCGGCUGCUGAACGGUGGAAUAAACUCCAGCAGCACCGGUGGUAGUGGUGGAAGGUGUUCCAGUAUAAACCCAAAGCAGGAAAAAACCGAUGUGAUUGAUGAGCUGGUAGCUUCACUUCCAGACGAAACCGAUGAAACCAUGCCCUCACCUGGCUCGGGUAGCAAUGGUGUGGUGAUUACCAAACAAGAACUAGACAUCGACGAUUGUCUAGAGGACAAAGAUCGGAAUGGUCGGACGCCAAGUCCGGUGCAGAGUAAGAACGACUCGGAAUCAUUAACACUGAAGCGAGCACGAGUGGAAAACAUUGUGUCCUCUUUGCGAGUCAGUCCUGCCCUGCUAUCUUCGCAGCCGGGACAAGUUAACGGAUGCAAAAAGCGUAAGUUGUAUCAUCCGCAGCAGCACGAUAACAGUGCCGCAGAACGGUACGCUGCCGCUGCAGCAGCCGGUUUGAAUCUGGGCCUCACGCUUCAGAACUUUAUGCUGGGUGCAAGCGUUGAACCGGACGAUGAUGACGACGAUAUGGAAAUUACUCCGCAUAUCCAUCAGAAGCGAGUGGAAAAAGACGUACUUAAGUCCCAGCUGCGAUCGAUGCAGGAACAGUUAGCCGAGAUGCAACAAAAAUAUGUGCAAUUAUGUUCGCGAAUGGAGCAGCAAUCGGACACCCAGGAGGUGGACGACAGUGUUAGUGAUAUCAUGGAAGACGACUCCAAUCCCGACCUCACACCGGAUAAGUCGCUGAUGCAAAGUUCACCCGCAUCGACCCCGAUCAAGGACGUCGGUAAGAAUGCGGACGCGUCGAGUAUGCUCCAGAUGAUGAGCAAAAUGAUGUCCGCUAAGAUUCACAAUCAGUUGCCCACUCACCCACACCUGCAGACCGGUUUCAAUGGAACGCAUCUCUUUCUGCAACAUAUGCAGCAAGCUGGCCUCCCACACGACGGUAUGAGCCAGCACAAUCAGAUGAGCAAUGCCGCUAUGUAUCAGAAACUGUUUAUGGAACAGGAAGCGCGAAUGGUUAAAGAAGUCGCUGAACAGCAGGAGAGAAACCUGCAAAACUCCAACCAGCAGUUGCUACAGCAGCAGGCACUGCAGCAGCAGCAACAGCAUCAGCACCAGCAACAACAACAACAGCAGAUGCAGCAUCAGCAACAGCAGCAACAAGAGAGAAACAUGCAAAAUACCAACCAGCAAUUGAUGCAACAACAAGUUCAACCACAAAAUCAAGCAUCUCAACCUCAGUUGCAAUCACCUCCUCAUCAAUCAAAUCAGUCCCAGCAUCAACAACAGCAGCAACAACAACAACAACACAUGCAGCUGCAACAACAACAACAACAACAGCAACAACAAAUGCAGCAGCAACAACCUUCUCAGACGAGUCAUAUCUCGCCACCACAAAUGCCACAACUGCCGCAUAUGCCGCUGAUUCCGAAAGGUUCGACCAUUCCAUCGGAUCUAACCAGUCGGCUCAACUUGAUGCGUUCCAGUAAUAGCUCGGUAGGGCAAAUGUCCGGCACAGACCUAGAAGGUCUAGCCGAUGUUUUGAAAACGGAAAUUACAGCCUCGCUCUCCAAUCUGGUCGAUUCGAUCGUGACGAGGUUUGUCCAUCAGCGUCGAUUCCUGGGGAAACAGUCGGAAGCAGCGGCAGCAGCAGCCGAACAGCUCAACAAGGAUCUGAUGAUGGCAUCGCAGCUCUUGGAUCGUGCCAAGUCUCCGCGGACAAAGGUUUCAUCCGAUCGCGGAGCUAACGUCAACAACAGCAGUAGCAAUCUGUCAGGUAAUGGACCAAUGCUUAAUUCUUCUAGUCUCAAUAGUGCGCCGAAUCCGAACGUGGUGAAUCAGCCUUCCGCUGGAAACCCGAUGAUGAGCGGUCCGCAGGGUAACGGGCCACGGCUGAACGGCACCGCGUUUCCUCCCAUGGGAAUGCCGAUGCAUGUGAACAAUGUGCCCCCGCACGACUCCAAGAAUAACCUGAACCAAAUCAAUAUGCCACCUCAUGUUCGACCUUCUCCUUCUACAGCUAUGUUCCAAACGCCGAAGCCACCGCAGAACCUCAACUCGGUAGCGGCCGCAGCACUGUACAACUCCAUGAAUGCCCUCGGAAACAGCCAGGUUAACCCGUUCUGUAUGCCAGAACCAAGGGAAAACCCGGAACAAGCCGAAGCACUGAGCCUUGUCGUGACGCCGAAGAAGAAACGUCAUAAGGUCACCGACACUCGAAUCACCCCACGAACUGUGAGUAGGAUUCUGGCCCAGGACGGAAUCAUCCCUUCUGGCAAUCCUAUCCAGAUAGAGCAAAACAAUAGCAAUCAAGGUAGCAACAAUAGUAACAACAACGGCUUGAACAACAGCGGCAAUAGUGGCAACAACAACAACAUUAGUAACAACAUCAACAAUAACAACAACAACAUUAGCAAAAACAAUAACCCACAGCAACAGUUCAACAGCCAGCCACCGAGCGUGCAAGCGAGCACACCAACCGAGAGCCCCUCUCCACGUGGCUCCUACCAUCAGCCACCGCCUUCGAUGCUUCCCGUGUCGUUACCCACGUCGGUUGCGAUACCGAACCCCUCCCUGCACGAGUCCCAAGUGUUUUCGCCCUACAGCCCCUUCUUCAACCCUCAUGGCCCCCCGCACGGUGGUCCCCAUGGGCCGCAACCGUCACAGUUCCACCACAUGAAGGUGUCCUCGAGCCCGCCCGGUAUCAACGGUCUGAUGGACCCACGGGAUUCUCCUCCGCUACCGCACCCGCCUACGAUGCUGCAUCCGGCACUGCUGGCAGCUGCCCACCACGGCAAUUCGCCCGACUACGGUCACAUCCGUGCCUCGAUGGACGUCAACGAUCGCAACUCGGACUGCAACUCGGUCAACGACAUCUCCUACAACGGCAUGGAGCCUACUAUAUCCUUUUCAAAAUUUUCCUUAACUCCGGAGCACUCGUCAACAUUGACCCCGAUGCACCUGCGCAAGGCGAAGCUGAUGUUCUUCUGGGUGCGCUACCCGAGUUCGGCCGUGCUGAAGAUGUACUUCCCGGAUAUCAAGUUCAACAAGAACAACACCGCCCAGCUGGUCAAGUGGUUCUCCAACUUCAGGGAAUUCUACUAUAUUCAAAUGGAGAAGUACGCCCGCCAGGCGGUUAGCGAAGGAAUGAAGAACGUGGAUGACAUCCAUGUGAGCAACGACAGCGAAAUCUACCGUGUUCUCAAUCUGCACUACAAUCGGAAUAAUCAUAUCGAGGUGCCCCAAAAUUUCCGAUAUGUUAUUGAACAGACACUGCGAGAGUUCUUCCGCGCGAUACAGGGCGGGAAGGAUACCGAACAGUCGUGGAAGAAAUCGAUUUACAAAAUCAUUUCUAGAAUGGAUGAUCCUGUACCGGAAUAUUUCAAAACUCCAAACUUCCUGGAACAGUUGGAGUAAAAGCCUACAACAGUAACGAGAUAGCAAAACAAACAAACAAACAAAAACAAAACACAGUCAGCAGCCCUUCCGGCUGCCAACACCAGAAACCUGCAAACACCGAAUCAAUAACCAAAUUUACUGAGGAAAAAAGAGUAAAUAAUUAAAAUUAAAAAGAUAAAAAGUUACACUUUAUUAAUUAUAACUUUAAAGCAAAUUAUACAAAAUUGUUAUCUAAACAAA